UUCUGUAAGCAAGCUAGAUUAUUUUUAGGCUUUUUAGUGUGACUGGUUAUGGUUGGGUGCGUCCCUGCCAGUGAGAGGGAUUCUUCAUGGAAGUUUCAGUUGAAAGGGAGGCAGAAGCAGGAUGAGGAGAGCGAACAGAUAUUUAUAGAUCCAAUGGAUUACAGGGAAGAUAUCGGAAGUGGAGAAAAGCUGACUGAUUUCCUUGUAGAUCUUCAGAACGAAAUAGCCGUAGUUGUAUGGUACAUAAAUGACUAUGGUCAUUGGUAUGUAAAUCGAAUAAAUCAUGAGGUCAGAGGAGCUCUUAUGAACAUUAUUUCUCAAAAUUACCCAGAUGUUAUCUACCAUGAAGUGGAUAUGUCUGAGUAUAACCUGAACUCACCCACUUAUGAAGACUUGGCUUAUGAUAUAGGAAUCGAUAUUAAGAUGCUCUACGAUUCUCCCAUUGUGCUCAUAGUUGAUGGUGAGAGUGGAGAAGCUUAUACAUCAGAUAAAGGAUCAAUGGCUUUAGUUAAAAUGGUUGAUAUGUAUCUUCAAAAAGCAGAAUACCACCAAUUUGGAGUAGAUAGUGAACUAUCAGAUCUAGACAAUGUGAUAUACCAAGUUUCAAGAUUUCCUGUUCCAAGCGUAAUCGAGCUAGAGGAGCAAUAUAAAACCAUCCAUUCACACAAAAAUGCCAAAAAAGAUAGCCAUCCUAAAAACCAAGAAAUCCCAAAACCAGAAAUCCCACAUCAACAAAAUCCUAUCAAUACAUUCAAAGAAGAUCAUAAAACCCCAUCACCCCCAUCCCCAUCUCCACCCCUUCAGUCCCAACCCCCAGUAUCCACCUCUCCAAGCCCCUCCGAAGAUCCUGACCUAAUCUCCUUAGAACUAUACUCCCCUCCCUUCGCCCCUUCCUACUCCUACACACCCCUCGCUGCAGCUCCUCCACCACCCCCUCCAGCUCAUCCCACCCUUCCGCCGUACACACAGCAGUUCCAGAUUCCCUCUGGUACCACACAGAAGUCUGAAAUGGUCCAAAAUCCGGUAAACUCUCAGAAGAAUAAGUAUCAAGAAGAGGGAGAAGGGAUGCCGCCAAGGAAUACAUACACCUACCCACCAGAAUCAGACCCAGAAUCCUCCCCAGUCAUCACCACUAACCCAGAGGACACUAUCUUCAGAGAUCCUACAGAAGACUUCUAUUGGUAAAUUUCAAUAUGGG